AUGUCUGACUCUCUCAGUCCAGCCUUUACCCUGCGGUCUCUGUUGGACACCGACUUGUACAAGUUUACAAUGCAGCAGGCUGUCUUGCGUCACUUCCCUGACGUCGAAUGCGUGUAUCGCUUCACUCACCGCGACCCAGACAUUUAUUUCCCUCGCCGAACAGCCGAUGAAUUUAGGAAUGCUAUCGCUAGAUUCUCCGACGUCUCACUCUCCCAGGAAGAGCUACAGUGGCUCAAGAAGACGUGCGCCUACUUUCAUGACGACUAUCUAGACUACCUCGCGAAGUACCGUUUCAAGCCCGAACAGGUUACGAUAGGCUUUGUGCCCAAAGAUCCUGGCAGCGAUGAAGGCAAAGUGACCAUUGAAGCCAAAGGGCUCUGGGUCGAAACUAUCCUUUGGGAAGUUCCCCUCAUGGCUUGUCUCAGUGAGCUGUACUUCCGUACCUGCGACACGGACUGGAACUACGACGGACAAGCUGGCAACACAGAGCAAGCGUAUGAGAAGGGGCGUAGCCUGCUAAUGGCUGGUUGCGUGUUCAACGAGUUUGGCACACGUCGAAGGCGAUCCUUACAAACACAGGAUAUCGUCGUCGACUAUCUUGUCCGUGCAUCUCGUGAUUUCGCAGAAUCCAGCAGAGGGAGGCUCAAUGGUACGAGCAAUGUCUAUCUUGCACGAAAACAUGGCAUCAACCCGUCGGGGACCAUCGCCCAUGAAUGGUUUAUGGGGGUAGCGGCGAUCAAGGGCUACGAACAUGCUAGCUCGUAUGCACUGGAUCUUUGGGAAGCAGUGUAUCCCAAAGACCUUCUCGUCACUCUAACGGACACCUUUUCGACGGAAGAUUUCAUUUUGGACAAAGCCCGUGCACAGCGCUGGAGAGGGCUUCGCCAAGACUCUGGUGAUCCGUUUGUUUUUGCCCCACGGGCCAAAGAAAUCUACGAAAGCCUUGGCAUAGAUCACCGCGAAAAGACGAUCAUCUUUUCUGACGCAUUAAACGUCGAGAAAGCUCUGCGCCUAAAGCAACAGUGCGACGAGCUGGGAUUUACGUGUGCUUUUGGAGUAGGGACUGACUUCAGCAACGAUUUCCGUACUUUGAGCAGCGGCGGCAAGGAGAAGAGCAAAGCGCUCAAUAUGGUGAUCAAAUUGGGUGCCGUCGGAGGAAAAGAAUGCGUGAAAAUCAGUGAUGAACUUACCAAGAAUACUGGUGACAAGGCGACUGUUGCAGAGGUGAAGAGGAUCUACGACAUCCGCACGUGA